AUGGUCUACUGCGGUAAACCCAGCAAAGGCUGUGGCGCCUGCCGUGCACGCAAAGUCAAGUGCGAUCAAGGCACUCCCUCCUGCCAGCGCUGCAUCAAAGCCCACAGGGAAUGUCCCGGCUACCGAGACCAGCUGUCACUCCUGUUUCGUGACCAGAGCAGCUCAGUUGCCAGAAAGGCAAAAUCAAAUACGACUAGUGUCCCCUCACCGUCGGCCGUCACUACAGUCACUGCCACAACAUCACCAACACCCGGCAGCUGGCGGAACCACGCAAACACACCAACAGACUACGAGCUGACACAGACAAGUGUGCGGAGCUCUCCGUCUGCGAAGAGUUUCCGUUCAGGAAACUAUGGCAGUUACGACCAGCAUAUCGAUUCUGAUGACUUCUCCCUCGUACCAGUAUUAAUAGACCGGAGACAGCAAGCCAUUUGCUACUGUCUUAAGAGCUUUGUAUGGCUCAACGGCAGUCUCAUCAAGGGGCUCGACUAUAAUGCCGACAUCUCGCCCACAGCCCCCAUGGCUCAGAAGGCCAUGAUGAAGGGAAUUUUGGCAGUGGGCAUGGCCAAUUUGUCAAGAACAGGGGCUCGUUCCCAGUCCAUGAAGAUUGAGGCACAGCAAGAAUAUUAUAAGGCGCUGAAAUUUACAAAUGCGGCCAUCUCGCAUCCCACGCAGGCCACGGAUGACGCUACACUUACUGCGAUUCUGUGUAUGUCGCUUUUCGAGAUUUUAACGAGUAGGAGACCCGAGAGAUUGGAUUCUUUUAUUCAACAUACAAAUGGUGCUGUUGCAUUACUCGAGCUUCGUGGGAGAUUACGGGUUAUUGAACCUCAAUCUUUGCACUUGUUUGAAUUCAUGCGAAGUGAAAUCUUGGUCAGCUGUAUAAUGAGAUGGCACCCCGUUCCCCCGAUGCUGCUCACUGUAUCCGAAAAAGCGGCCAUGCUACCAAGCACGGCCUUCUCAUUCAAGGCAUCACAUAAAAUGUGUGUUCUAAUAUCCCGAUUAAUCGACCUCCGCGUUGAAAUCAAGGGCGAAAAGAGCAGCAUGGAUUUCGAUUCCAUCAUCAUACCUCGUGCGGUUGCUUUAGAUUCUGAAUUUGAAGCGAUGAUGCGUACACUGCCGUCUGAAUAUACGCCGCAAGUACAUACCCUUGCCCCGGGACAAUAUUUCGAGCAUCCGACACUCGGCGUCCAACUUACUCCAUUGUAUGGGGUAUAUCAUCAAUAUCAAUCGUUUUUCAAUUGUUCCUUACAAAACAUUUACCGUUACGGACGAAUUUACACCAUUGAGAUUAUCCUCAACCGCAUGGAACGAAUGAGUCUUCAACCAGACUUCAUCCCCACGCUAGAAUUCAAGGAUACCUGCCAGCGACUCUGCGACCUCUCGCGACAACAAGCCCGUGAUAUAUGUGCCACAACACCGUUCUUAUGUGGCUUUUUAGGUGAUCAACAACAACUUGGUAAUUCUCCAUUUUUGACGAAUCCAGCUGGAGGGCUGGCCUGCCUUUUCCCGUUAUGGACUGCUGUAAGUGUUGAUGGGCAUGGCUCUGCCACAUGUCACUGGAUUGAGAAUACUUUGAAUAUGAUUGGGAGAGAGAUGGGGAUUGAUCAGGCUCUGGCUCUGGCGCAGAUAACGUUCCACGAGAAGGGUACGACUAGGUUUGUUGAUAGAUUAUAG